AUGAUAUGUGAAAAUUGUGAUGAGGAGAUAGGAGAAGCUGUCACAUGUCCCAUCUGUGGUGUGAUUCAGAACAUCACUGAGACCCAAGUUGAUGUUUUCUCAGGUUUCUAUUCAAAAUCACAGAGAAUCUCACAGCCCGCUCCAUUACAUACUGAAACUACUAUACCAACAAUUUUACAAACUGGUCCAACUCCCUCAGACGCUGUUGAUACUAUAGAUAGUAAGAUAAAGGGGAGAAUAUGUGAAUUACAAGAAUUACUAAAAAAUAUAGUCAAAAUAUUAAUAAUUAAGUAUAAUGUAACGUACAGGGUAGAACUUUACGCAAAAAAUCACUGGAAAUCAUUUUUAACGAGAUUUAUUACUAAUCUAAACUCAGUUGUGGAUGUUACGAGCUCUCCAGAUAAUUCUGGAAAAGUGGUGGAUGAAACUAUGAGUAUAAAAUGUCUGGAUGAACGUCUAGUGAUGGAAAUAAUAUGUAAAAGUUUAAAUAAGCUCAUUAUAUACAACAGACUCCUGUAUAUUAAUUUUAACAAAAAUCCAAAUUCCCAACCUAACUAUUUGGAUGAUAUAGAAGACUGUAAUGGACUGAAUAAUAGUAAAGUGGAUAUACUAUGCAGAAAAAUAAUGAAAUAUUUAAGAUUGCCGAGUAUUUGUUUAAUAGUGUUGGAUAAGUUAAUUGGUUGUGUAUUAGAGGCCGAGUUAAAUUUGAGUGAUGAAAUACUUUCCUGUGCAUUAGUGCUCAUUGUUUGCCGUUUAUUAUGGCCAAUUUAUCAUAUUCAACCCCCAGCCCACAAUACUACCAAGUCAAAUACAGAGAAUAGGGGUAACAUAUCAAAUGAAAAAGACGAUGUUAUAAAUGAUUCAGACAAUAGAAUCUUAAAGUAUGUGUUGGACAAGUAUAGAGAAAAGGAUAUGAACUCGUUUAUGUCUUCAAUUUUGUACAGAUACACAAAUAAUUAUUAUCUACAAUUUAAGCUUUCAAGUCUUAAACACCUGUUCAACUCACAUAAUACUACACUUAAUUUAUUAGGAUUCAAAUUCCAAGAUAAUUCUAACAACUCAAUUACUAAUGAGGAAAGUGAAGAUGGUGUGGAUGAAUUGAUUGAUAAGUUGAAAAGGGGAUUAAUGACUAAUAAUGAAAUAUAUUAUGUAAUAACAAGUUUGUUUAGAAAUUACCCAAACUUUUCUGGCUUUUCCUUUGAAAAAUUGUUAGAAUUUACACAUUUUGCAUUCACUAAUCGUGACCAAAAGAGACAAACUUUCAAAUCCAUCCAAAAAAUUCUCAAUACUAACCAAUACAAUAUUUAUAAUACUAUUAAUCUGAACGCAGUAUUGAGCAAGGGGGACAACACUGAAAAUAAUAAAAACAACGCUAAUCAGGGUGUGAAAGCGAAUUUGUGGGUUGCCUGUAAUAUACGUUUUAACUUUGAAGGUGAGUUAGUUGGUACUGAUGCUAAUAAACUUCGAAAACUGGCCGGUGAACUAUAUACUAAAGCCAAUGCCCUAGCCGAUAAAGUUAGUGCUGAAGAUAGUGAUGGUCAGGCUGCCAAAAAUCUUGCCGAUGAGGUCGGUCAAAAUGAACAGAGUGGACUCACGCAAGCUCUCAAAGAUCUUGCUGGUGCUACUGAUCUUGAACUAACUAAUAAGGUCCAAGCUGUUAAAGAUAAAUACAAAAUAGUCAAAGAGAAAUAUGAAGCAGUCCAGACACAAAAUAGAGAAGGCGCAUAUAAAGACAAGGGUAAAGAAGAAUAUGACAAAGUUGUAGCCUCAUGGAAUGAUUUCAAUAAUGUCUAUAAGGAGUUUGAUAAAUACAUUAGUGGUGGACACGAAAGAAGAAGAUUUAGUGAAGCUCCUAUGUAUGAUGUCGAUAACACUAAUCCUGGUGAAAGAGUUAAACUUAAAGCAGAAGAUCUGAGGGAUGUGGCCAAACUACUUCAGGCACAAGUUGGUGAACAAACUAGUGGUGGAAAGAUCUGGAAUCAGGCCAACCAACUACACGGUGCAGCCCAUGCACUAAUCGAGCAAGUAUCUACUAAACCUGAUCUUACAGGACCUCUAGAUGUCCUCAAGAAAGCCAUUGGAGAAAAUGAUUCUGCUGCUGAUUCUCUACAAAAGGCCCUCUCUGAACUCUCUAGUGCUAAAGAAAAUGAAGUUGUUGAAAAGGCCCUUGUUGUAAUAGAGAAGUACAACAAAGUCAAAGAUGCAUACGAUAAGGUCACGGAGAAAUCAGAUGCAUAUACUAAAGCUCUUAGUGAUGAACAAAAUAAAUACACCGAAGUUACAUCUCAAUUUGAAGCACUUCAAACCGCCUUCAACGCUGGAAAGUGUAAGGCUAUCAGUCCUAUUUAUGACAAACCUAUGAUUGGAUAA